CCCGCGCGGUCCGUCAUGCUCUGCGUCACUAGCCGCCUCUUAGCGGUCCGGACGGCGACCGCACUCCCUGCCCAGCCCAGAGGCCGGGGCCCCGGGGCCCGCUGCCGGCGCAGGGAACUACAUUUCCCAGGGCACCCCGAGCUGGACCUGGAUGACUUCUUGACCGGGCCGCUCGCAAGACCGAGCGUGCCGGUGGGCCGGAGGGCGAUCCUGAGGAGGGGCAGGAUGCCACCAGCGGUGGGCGGAGGCCCGGAAGGGUCCGAGCUGCGUCCCCGGCGGGGCCGUUGUGGGCCCCAGACUGCUAGGGUUGUGGGCCCGGACGAGACCGCCAAGCCUGCAGCGCGGAGCCCCAAACGGGCUGGUUGGGGCUCGCGGCACUUCGAGGCAGCCGGCCGGUGGGCCCUGCUGGCCCUGGUCACGCUGCUGUCCUUCGCCACCCGUUUCCACCGUCUGGACGAGCCGCCGCACGUCUGUUGGGAUGAGACUCACUUUGGAAAAAUGGGAAGUUAUUAUAUCAACCGUACCUUUUUCUUUGAUGUACACCCACCUCUGGGGAAGAUGCUGAUAGGUCUUGCUGGCUACCUGAGUGGGUAUGAUGGUACUUUUUUGUUCCAGAAGCCCGGGGAUAAAUAUGAGCAUCACAACUACAUGGGAAUGAGAGGAUUCUGUGCUUUCCUUGGUUCCUUGCUGGUCCCCUUUGCCUACCUCAUUGUAUUGGAGUUGUCCAAGUCCCUCCCAGCAGCACUGCUCACUGCUGCCCUUCUCACCUUUGACACAGGAUGCCUCACUCUGUCCCAGUACAUCCUCCUUGACCCCAUCUUGAUGUUCUUCAUCAUGGCUGCUAUGCUGAGCAUGGUCAAGUACAACUCCUGUGCCAACAGGCCCUUCUCUGCCCCCUGGUGGUUCUGGCUCAGCCUGACUGGCAUUAAUCUGGCUGGUGCUUUAGGGGUCAAGUUUGUUGGCCUCUUUAUCAUCCUGCAAGUGGGGUGGAACACCAUUUCAGACCUUUGGCACCUGUUUGGAGACCUCAGUCUUUCAGUGGUGACUGUGGGAAAACACCUGACUGCUCGCAUCCUGUGCCUCAUAGUGCUGCCCCUGACUCUCUACACAGCCACUUACGCUGUUCACUUCAUGGUGCUGAACAAAAGUGGUCCUGGUGAUGGCUUCUUCAGUUCUGCCUUCCAGGCCCGGCUUUCAGGCAACAACCUUCAUAAUGCUUCCAUCCCUGAACAUCUGGCCUAUGGCUCUGUGAUCACCGUGAAGAACCUGCGGAUGGCCAUCGGCUAUCUCCACUCCCACAGGCACCUCUACCCCGAGGGCAUUGGCGCCCGCCAGCAGCAGGUCACCACCUAUUUGCACAAGGACUACAACAAUCUGUGGAUUAUCAAGAAACAUAACACAAAUGCAGAUCCCCUAGACCCUUCAUUACCAGUGGAGUUUGUAAGACAUGGAGACAUCAUUCGGCUAGAACACAAAGAGACUUCUCGGAACCUGCACAGUCACUAUCAUGAGGCCCCCCUGACCCGAAAGCACUAUCAGGUCACUGGCUAUGGCAUAAAUGGGACAGGAGACUCCAAUGAUUUCUGGCGGAUUGAGGUUAUAAACAGAAAAUUUGGAAACCGGAUCAAAGUGCUGAGAAGUCGAAUUCGACUCAUCCAUCUCGUCACAGGUUGUGUCCUGGGCUCCUCGGGAAAGGUCCUGCCCAAAUGGGGCUGGGAGCAGUUGGAGGUUACGUGCACCCCAUACCUAAAGGAAACCCUCAACUCUAUCUGGAAUGUGGAGGACCAUAUCAACCCCAAACUGCCGAACAUCAGCCUGGACGUGCUGCAGCCCAGUUUUCCUGAGGUCUUGCUGGAGUCCCACAUGGUGAUGAUCCGGGGGAACAAUGGUCUGAAACCCAAGGACAAUGAGUUCACGUCCAAACCCUGGCACUGGCCUAUCAACUAUCAGGGCCUGCGCUUCUCAGGGAUCAAUGACACAGACUUCCGUGUAUAUCUGCUUGGCAACCCGGUGGUUUGGUGGCUGAAUCUGUUGAGCAUUGCCCUCUACCUCCUCUUGGGGAGCAUCAUUGCUGUAGCUGUGCAGAGAGGGGCACACCUGCCUGCGGAGGUUGAAGGGUUGUCCCAGGUCCUGCUGCGAGGAGGCGGUCAGCUCCUGCUUGGCUGGAUUCUCCAUUACUUCCCAUUCUUCCUGAUGGGCCGGAUUCUCUACUUCCACCACUACUUCCCAGCCAUGCUCUUCUCCAGCAUGUUGACAGGCAUUCUGUGGGACACUCUCCUGCGGCUCUGGGCCUGGAGCCUGGCCUCCUCUUCCCUGGCCAGGGGCCUGUAUGUGGUGGGAAACCUGAGCCUGCUCCUGGGAACUGCCUACAGCUUCUACCUCUUCCACCCUCUGGCUUACGGGAUGGUUGGUCCCCUAGCCCAGGAUCCCCGAAGUCCCAUGGCAGGACUAAGGUGGCUUGAAUCAUGGGACUUUUGAGACUACUGCAAGGACUUCAGCCUGAGUCCAGGAACUUUCUGGGCAUAGCCAGCUGUGCAGCCAGCCCUUGGACCCUCCCAGCUGUGGGCAAAGCUGCCCGAGGAGCCUGAGGAAUUCUGCUGCCUUCCAGGACCGAGCUCUGGAGGCACACCCGGAACUUAACCCAACACAAGGGAGAGCCACGGCUCUGUCUGCAGAGGUCCCACCACUGGGAAUGGCCCAGCAAUAGAGGACACCACCUCUCUGGUCUGUUUCCCCAAGUGUGCAACAUAAGGAGGGAUGUGUGUGGGGGUGUGAGGGUACAUGUGCCCAUAUACCUGUGGAAUAUAGACUGUGACUGUGGACAGCUGAGUGUCAUAAACUCAAGAAAUAGUCCAGGGCUACAGUAGUAUUUUCUGGUAUUUUCCUUCACACUGGAUUUGGUUUGAAAGUAAGACCAUCAUAAAUUCUCUGACCUCCAAGAAGGCUGAGCUCACCGACCCCACUCUGGGAUAUCACCAAGGGCAGAGCAGACGGGACUGUCCACGCUGCACCGCUCUCCUCCCAACAAACAGAGCGGAGCACCUCUGGGCUGGAGGGCCGGCCUCCCAGCUGCUUCCCGGGCGGCAGCUGCUGGGAAGUCUCCAGAGCAAGGCCGCUCGCUGAGAGCUCACCAGCCCUGGCUUCCUCACUCUCAGAGUAUUACGUGAUGUCUUGUGGGAGGAAUGGCACCCUAUCCUGGGCUGCUGUGUGUUCGCAGGGCCUGCUCGCCAGAGGUUUUUCUUGCUACGGUCCUUUUCCCUCUGCACCCAGCCUGGCUGCGACAGUGGGGCAGACGCACUCUCCUGAUGGCUGGGAGAGCUUUUGGGGCCCCUUUCUUAGCAGCCGAGGGUGAUGGGCAGCAGGGCAGGGAUCUGUGGUGCCGGGCUGGGGUCCCAGUAGGCCGUGCGGCCCGUCCGGAUUGAUGUCCCUGUCACUCAUGAGGUGUUCCUUUUACUUCUCUAGUCUUCCCCUGCUGACACCCCAUUUCCGUUUCAUUCCCCUUUCUCUGUGUCACUGUUUCACUAAUCUCUUUCCCCAAGGACCCAGAGCACCUAGAAAUGCAGCAAAGCUUCUACUCUCUGCCACUUUAAAGCCCAAGGAAGAAGCUCAGAGCUAGCUGUUCCUUUCACUUCUUCCCCAAAUAGAAGAGAUUAAGGAAACCCUUGGGUGAGAACCGAACCAGCCCAAGGCCAGCUCCUCAGCCUGCCUCCCUCCCGCAAGUACAUGACAGAGUAUUUUGUCUCGGAGGGCUGUGAUGCUUCCAGGUUUAAUGAUGAGGCUCUGCCACACUUCAUCUUCCCUCCUCUGUAGCCCCCACCAAUUCUGACAGGGUCAGAGCUCUUUAGAGCAUCUCUGGGAGGCGGUUGCCACGGAGACUGGAAAUUGGUCCCAGGGACAGACUGUGCUACCUACUGGGCGGUGGGGAGGGAAGCUUCUGGCCAUCCUUAGCCGUUCGGACCAGCCAUCAUUAAUGUUAAUAGAGGAAAUGCAGCAAUGUCAAAAGCAAGGCAGGUUUGUUAAUUAGAUCUGGGGUGUGAUGACCUCCCUCUCCCAGGGCUGCAGCCCUUUUGACUUCCCCUGGCAGGAAGUGCUGCCUGUGUGCUGAGUCUGGGCUGUGUGCUUAAUUGCAUUUCUGGAAGGAAAGAACAGGGAUGGAGAACCUCUGCUUACGCUUUCCACCGCACCGCUGUCUCUCCUCCCCAAAGGCAGAGAGUUGGUUUCUUCUGAGCUGGGUGGGGACAGCCAUUUGGGUGGGCUCUCCUGCCCACCCAGGGCGAGUGCAGGAAUCUGUGCUUGCCUCUCAGCUGAGAGCACUGGCCUGAUGACAACUGGGAGGUGGCCGUUGUUCCCUUGCACCUUCUUCUUUCCUAAUAGGAACUUGUUGGAAGGGAGGAACCCUGAAGGAGCCAGAGGGGCAGCCACUCUGGGGGAGGGUGGGGAAGGAGAAAGCUCAGCCAGCUUCCUCCCCGUGGCUCCCUCCUCAUUUGGCCACACUGGGAACGAAGGGUUCUUCCGUCUCUUCUACUGUGUUCCAAGGAUGAGAGAAUUGCUUGCUCACUCCCCCCGCUUCCUCUUAGCUCAGAUGAACAGACCUUUCUCUGGGGACGAGGCUGUGCGGGUGGACGCAGCUGCAAGUGUUCAGGUUCUGUUGUUGGCAGAUGCUGGGGAGAGGGGCUGUCAGGGUGGUGCCCUGAGUAUGAGCUCCAGUGCCCAGGAAUCGGCGGAAAUGUGAUCUGCCCCACAAACUUGCUGGUGGAGGAAGAAGAUGUUUGUGAGCACAACCUCCAGCCAGCUUCUUGAGCCACAAUUUUAUAUUAAAAAAGGGUUUCCACAGAUAAUCAGAGGCCAUUUACUUUUGUAAUAAAUAGCCCUUAUUUUGAAA